GCUCGGCGGGCAGAGAGCGCAGGCUCGGUUGCGGGCGCCGCUGGUCGAAGGGCUCGGGCGUCCGGCUGCCUCUUUGCAGAGCCCCGGGCGAGCGGGCGGGCGAGGGCGGAAGGCGCCAGAGCUGCAGCGGCGGAGGCAUCCCUUCCCGGGGGCUGAGCCCGCCAGGGGCUCCCCGGGGACUUGGGCGCCGGGCCGCUCUCUGCCUAUCCCGGCGUCUAACAGGUUGCUGGUCGGGGCGGGCGGGCGGCUGCGCGCCCGACAGCGCCGAUGCUGCGCCAAGACGCGCUCGGGCAGCCGGUCGAGUGACCUGUUGGCGCUCCCGCUGCGCAACUUCGGGCGGCCGAGGCGAGGAGAGGGGUGCCCGCGGGCAGCCCCCUGCCUGCCCCGACGCCAGAGCUUGCGCCCCGCUCUUCCGGGCUGCUCGGGCCGGCCUGCUGCCCGGUCUGCUCUUUUUGCGGGGAGGCGAGAGCAGCAUGCUGGGGGCUCCCCCCGCAAGCAGCCCCCGCAGCCCCGCCGUGUGACCCUCCAGGGUGGCGGCCAUGGCAGCAGCCAUCGCCAGCUCCCUGAUCCGUCAGAAGAGGCAAGCGCGGGAGAGGGAGAAGUCCAACGCCUGCAAAUGUGUCAGCAGCCCCAGCAAGUCCAAGACCAGCUGCGCCGACAAGAAGAAGCUCAGCGUCUUCUCCCGGGUCAAGCUCUUCGGCUCCAAGAAAAGGCGGCGGAGGAGACCAGAGCCACAGCUUAAAGGCAUUGUGACGAAACUGUACAGUCGGCAAGGAUACCACUUGCAGCUGCAAGCAGAUGGAACUAUCGAUGGCACUAAGGAGGAGGAGAGCACCUAUACUUUGUUUAACCUCAUACCCGUGGGUUUACGAGUGGUGGCGAUUCAAGGCGUUCAAACAAAACUAUACUUAGCGAUGAAUAGCGAAGGAUACUUAUAUACAUCGGAACAUUUCACGCCGGAAUGCAAGUUCAAAGAAUCGGUUUUUGAGAAUUACUACGUUACUUACUCCUCCAUGAUCUACAGACAACAGCAGUCCGGGAGAGGCUGGUAUUUGGGUCUUAACAAAGAAGGUGAAAUCAUGAAAGGAAACCAUGUGAAGAAAAACAAACCCGCAGCACACUUCCUUCCCAAACCAUUAAAAGUGGCCAUGUACAAAGAACCCUCCCUCCACGAUCUUACUGAAUUUUCACGAUCUGGCAGUGGAACCCCAACAAAAAGCAGAAGCGUCUCAGGAGUCCUAAACGGUGGGAAAUCCAUGAGCCAAAACGAAUCGACGUAGCCAGGUUGAGGGGGGGACAAGUGGAGAGAUGCAUCAAUGGAAUUACCUCUGGAAUCAUGGUCGAACCCUUCCUUAGCAAUCAAUCAUCCAAACGUUCUGGUCCAGACAAGUCACCGAACUUGCAUAGGGUCAUGUGUCUUACCAACCAUUAGACCUGGUUGUUCAAAAAAAUUUUUUUUAAAAGAGAAAGAUCCAAAUAACAUAGAAUGUGCUUGUUCAAUCUUACAAGGAUAGUCAAAACAAACAUAACUUGUGACAUAAAAUUGCAGAGAAGACAAUAUCCAUCUCGCUUGCUCCGUCCGUCUGUCUAAUCUCACCUAUGCUUUGUGGGGGGGAAAAGAAAUAAUAUUAAUUAAGAGGCAGAAAAUGACCCUUACCGCUGAUCUGAAUUUGCUUUCUAACCAAGAAAGAAAUCCAAUCAAAGACUUUUUUUGCUCCUUCAAAAGAAAUUUUAACGCUUAACUUUUUUUUUCCUAUGUAGCAUUAGAGGGCUAA